AUGGCAACAGCGCUAAAUGACCAAAUAUCCACUGAUUUUAUAAUUACAGCUACGAAGAAUCAAGAGCAAUGGAAAGCACUAAACAUUACAGAAGGUCAAGCAUCUUAUGCACAAGAACGCAUUUGGUUUGACAAACAAGUGAAAUCUAAUAAUGGUAAUGAUGAAAGAGUGAUUUAUAAUAUGCCAUGUGUUUAUCAAAUUCAACGUGGACAAAUAUCAGUUGAACGAAUACAAAGUGCAUUGAAUUUAAUUAUAGCGAAGCAUUCGAUUUUACGUACGUCAUUAAAAUACGAUCAAGAGACACAAUAUUUGAAACAGUCAGUCAACGAAAAACCGGUGUAUUCAUUUGAAAUAUCGACAAUUGAAAAUGACAAGAAAUUAAACGAAAUCAUAGAAGAUGAGAAAACGUCAGACAAAUAUUUUAAUUUAGAGCAAGGUCAAGUAUUUCGAUGUCAUUUGAUUCGACGUCAACAUGAUAAUAAUGAUUUCUUGAUCGAAAAUGAUUUAAUUAUAUUUAAUUUUUAUCAUUGUAUAAACGACGAAAGUUCAUUAGAAAUAUUUCUACAAGAUUUUAAAUUAGCCUAUAUGACUGAUCAACCACAAACAGAUCAUACAGCGUUUAAGUAUAUUGAUUAUUCACAAUAUGAACGACAACUAGAUACGUCUAAAGCAAAAGAAUAUUGGACAAAACUAUUAGAUGGAUACAAUCAAGAUAAACAAUUGUCACUGCCCUGUGAUUAUAAACAACUAGAUCAACAAAUACAACAACACCAAACAGGCCAUUGUUCAUCAACUGAAAUACAACUGAAUAGAGAAUUGAUUAAACAGAUGUUAGAUUAUUCACAAAAAAUGAAUAUAACUAUGUUUCAAUUAUGUUUAUCGUGUUACUAUUUACUUUUAUUUAAGCUAACACAAGAACAUGAUUUAUGCACUGGUUCGAUAAACGAUAAUCGUGAUGGUUCAGAACUAUCUUCGAUGAUUGGCACCAACACACUGCCAUAUCGAUUUCAGUUAGAUCCAUAUCAUGCAUUUGAUCAACUCGUACAACAAGUAAAACAAUUAUGUGUGAACAUAGCAGAAUUUGCCUAUUUACCAUAUGGAGAUUUAAUUCAACCACAUGAGAAACCAUGGUCACUGUUGCUACCAUAUAUACAGAUACUAUUUGUGUUCCAAAACUUUCAUAUCGAAGAGGAUAUUGAUUUCGGUGAUGGUAUCUCACUCUCUCGAUUAAGGAAUAAUACAGAUGUAAUGAGAACGACAAAAUUCGAUUUAGCAUUUAAAAUAAAUUACAUUCCAAUUAAAACUUGUUUACAAUACACGCUUGAAUAUUCAGUUGAUCUAUUUAAACAUUCUACCAUCGAAAGAAUUUUACAACGAUUUCAACAAUUAGUUGAACAAUUAUUUAAUUCAUCAUUUAAUAAACAAACUCAACCAGUGUAUGAAUUAUCUUUGAUUUUGCCAUUUGAAAGACAAUUAUUAUACGAGUUAAAUCAGACACAUGUCGAUUAUGGUCCCGAACAGUUAAAAUGUAUACAUCAUUUGUUUGUUGAUCGCACUCUCGCCUAUUCACAAAAAGUAUCUGUUGUAUUGGAUCAACAAUCUCUCACCUAUUCAGAAUUACUCUACUAUGUACAAUUAGUUUCAAUACAACUAAUACAAGUCUAUAAUGUAAAGCCACAACAAAUUAUAUGUCAAUGUUUAGAACGAUCAAUUGAAAUGGCUAUUGGAAUCUUAUCUAUAUUAACUUGUGGCGCUGUCUAUGCUCCUUUGAAUCCUCAAGAUCCAACAGCUCGACUUCAUUCAUUAUUACAAGAUACUCAUUCGAACUAUGUUUUGAUUCAUCAAGCUACCAGAGAGAAAAUACCUAUCAUGGGAAAUAUUGAUUUUAUCGACAUUGUACAUUUAACACGUUCAAACACAAGUUUACUGGAUGAAGACUUAUUUCUAAUGUCAAGUAUAAGAACAAAUGCUGAACAAAGCGCUUACGCUAUCUUCACGUCUGGCUCAACAGGUUUUCCAAAAGCGGUAAAGAUUAGCUUACCAUGUUAUAUAUUAGAUGAUUAUUUACAACUUAUACCAAUAAAACAAUCUGGCGAACUGUUUAUUGAUGGUUCUGGACUAUUUCUUGGGUAUUUAAAUCGACCAGAUUUAACUGAACAAGUGUUGAUUGACAUACCUUGUGUAAAACACAAAUGUUACAAAACAGGCGAUUUAUGUCGAUUAGAUGAAAAUGGUCUGAUACAUUUCAUCGGUAGAAAAGAUUUUCAAGUAA